CGUAUAGCUCUAUAGCCAUACGCACUGCCUCCUCAAACUGCACGCAAGUGCCACCGCUAGCCCAUGCCUUGGCUCAUAUCAGUCGAGCUUGAUGCGCGCGAGUAGGCUAUCAAUUUUAUUAAUUGAGCGCAGCCAGGCUUAAGUAAUAGGGUGUAAUCAAUUUCGCGGGGAGCUGGAAAGGAUGCAUGCAGCUCGCACGUCGUCACUGUCAGGGCGCAGCCUCGGCACCCCGCAGAGGGCGCCGGCGACAUGCCAUGCCGCAAUGUAUCACUCGCCUGUGGCCAUGCGCGCGAGUUGGGUGCCAACCCGGCACCGGUGCGAGUCAGAGUCAGCUCCCUCGCGCCAUCUCGGCUUUCGGCAACAGCUUGGGCCGCCUCCCGGGCAGCUCCACCUCGCCGCGGCAGAGGGUGGCAGUGGCAGCGGCGGCGUCGACAACGGCGGGGCGGCCCCCGGCGGUCCCCCGCUUCACAGCAGCGCAUCAACUUCGGGCCAACCCCACACCAGGGCCUCUGGCGCCGGCCCUGCCGCGAGCACCAACGGCCCGCCCCCCGCACCAGAGGCACCACACGGCGCCAGCAGUGCACACCCGCACGGGCACGGUCACACACACGGGCACGGGCACGCGCCCCUGGCCCCGCCCACCCACACCCAGCCCGCGCACCCCAGCCCGCACCACCAACACGGCGGCGCCGCGGCGGCGGUGGGCACGGCGGCGGCGGCGGCGGCCGCGCCUGGGAGCGUGGCGGGCAGCCAGGACGGCGGCGGCGCCGGCGGCAGCAUGGACGCGGCGGCGAACAAGGGCCUGGUCCACUCGGGUUCGCGGGCCUCAUUCAAGAACGUGAUGAAUCGCUCCUACACGGGUGAGGCGCUGUUUGUCCUGGGCGGCUCCCUCAUCGGCGCCGCGCUGUGCUACUGGACGGUGGGCACCCCACUGCGACGCUUCAACCCCUACUCCUUCCAACUGGCGCUGCCCACGGCCUCGGGUGUGGUGACCGGCACGCCGCUGCGCAUGAAGGGCGUGCCCAUGGGCUCCGUGCUCACCGUCACGCCGCGACUGGACCACGUGGAGGUGCACGUGGAGGUGAACGAGGUGAAGACCAUCAUCCCGCGCAACGCCAAGUUCGAGCUGACGCAGAGCGGCAUGAUCCCCGCCGCCGCCAUCGACAUCUCAAUUCCCGAGGGCGUCUCCGCAGAUGUCCUCGCAGCCAUGGUCGCGGCCCGGCAGCAGCAGCAGCAGCAGCAGGCUGCGACUGCUGCAGCCGGCAGUAGCAGCGGCAGUAGCGGUGGCAGUGAGGCGGCGGGCGCCAGCGGUGCGAAGGAAGGCGGCAAGGAGGCGGGGGCGAAGAAGGCAAAGCGCGGCGCCUCCAAACCGGUGAAGCUGGCGAGUCCCAAGGACGUGGCAGCGUGCCACCUGCAGGGAGUGCUGGUGUGCAACGGCGACAAGCUGGAUGGCCUACAGGGCGGCAGCAUGGACGAACUGAUGGCGCACAUGCUCAAGCAGCUGCGGCAGGGGGAGCCCGAGACAGCCACGGGAGGGACCGUGCCUGGGCGCGGGCCCAUGCAGGGCUAGACUCAUGAGCUGGCGCUGCUGCUGGUUGCUGGUGCGGUGUAUCAUGUGGCGUGACAUGCCGUUUGAGGCGGAUUCAGUUGAGACGGGUCGACGGUGUCAGUGCCAUCCUGCCGGCGGCUGCCGUGCUGCAGGGGGCGCCGGGCAGCUGCUGCAGGGGCGCGCGGCGGCGGCGGGGGGGAAGUAGGCAGCUAGCCCUAGGUCAGGGCUCAGGAGUGGCCGGCGGCGAUGCCAGUGCAGACGCCGGGCCGCACAUGGUACCGCUUCGUGUGAAAUAUGAUGCUUGCUGACUGGCUUGACUUUGGAACUAACAGCGUCCCAGGCGUUCGGGUAGCGUUGGGUUUACGCUUACGGCGUCAUAUACGAAGUAUGAAGCAGGGGCGGUAUUUGAGCGUGGUGCACGGUGCGUGCGCGUGGAUUGGACGCUGCAGCAGGCGUUUGCUAGCACGCGCUGCCUUACGCUUACCAAGUUAACUGCAGCCGCGGCACGCUAGAGCGCAGCGCAGCACAUAAGAGCACGAGACGGUUUGUGCAGAGUUGUGUGAGGUGCGAUGGGACAGGGGCACAGGGCCAGGGGCAGGUUGGCAUAGUCUCGUGGCUGUGAUGACUGAUGACACCUAGUUGUUUGGUGCGGGAGGAGUGUAGCGUCCUAUGAGAGCAAGCCCACUAGAGCUCGAGUAGGCCAGUGGCGAUGCAGGCGGCACGCCCCUGGGCUCCAGAGCAGGGUGAUCGCUUUCCAGUUUCCACGUCUCUGGCUCGUGAACUGCGUCAGCAGGUCCCUCUUGUAACCGAUGCAGUCU